AUUUUUAACCAUGUCAAAACGUUUUGAGUUUCUAUUUAAAACGUCCGUUACCCCCUACAUCCAUGGGCGUUUCAUAAAAAGUCAGUUAGGACGUGAACGAGUUUUGAUCAACCCUGUGAAUGAAGAACGACUUUGUAGUUAUUAUGAGACGAGUAUAGAUCAAUUAGAAGCAGCAUUAGUGAGCAGUCGAUCAGUGCCAGAAGAGUGGACAAGUAAUCACCGGUAUCGACGAGACUGUUUGUUGAAACUAGCAGACAGGAUAGCAAAACAUGAUCACGACUUGGCUGUAGUCGAAUCAAGACAAACAGGGAAACCGAUUCAGGAUGCACUUGGUGAAAUGAGCGAUGUGAUUGACUGUUUUCGGCAUUUUGCAGGGUACAGCGACAAGUUAUUUGGAACCACACACGAUAUUUUAACUUUUACAGUUCGAGAACCUCUUGGAACUGUUGGCUUGAUCACCUCCUUUAACUAUCCCCUUUUAUUAACUGGCUGGAAGCUGGCUCCGGCCUUGGCGGCAGGUAACCGUGCUCUUGUACGUCCCGCACCACAAACCCCUUUGAGCACACUGGCACUUGCCGAUUUGGCAACCGAUGUGCUCCCUCCUGGUGUGCUCAAUGUUCUCCCGGGUGGAGAUGUCCAUGUGAGUCAAGCGAUAACAAGACGAACAGACAAGACGAGUUUUACGGGUUCAACGCAGGUGGGGCAGGAGAUCAUGAGACAGGUCUCAGAGACGAUGACACCUAUCACACUUGAAUGCGGUGGAAAGAAUGCGGUGAUUAUCUGUGAGGAUGCAGAUUUAUCCAGGGCAGCCUCCGAAGUUGCUACUGGAGCGUUCUCGAACGCAGGGCAAAACUGCUGCGCGAUCUCUCGAGUGCUUGUGCAUGCGUCUGUUCACGACCGAUUCGUGGAGGAAUUAAGAGGUCAUGUUCAGAAAUGGAAACCUGCUGUGUGUGAUGAUUAUCAACACGACGAGUUUCUCUAUGGCCCCUUAAUUGAUAAACGACAGUAUACACGUGUAAGAAAGUACAUUCAAGAAUAUCCACAAGAUCCUAUUAUGGUAGGUGAACUCAGUGAAGAAAAGGGGUAUUUUGUACCGCCCACGGUGUAUGUGAAUGUACAAGACGAUGCAACGCUGGCUCAAGAAGAGAUUUUUGGACCUGUACUCAGUAUACUCAAACCAUUCGAGACAUUGGAAGAAGCGAUAGAGAGAGUGAAUCGGUCACCUUAUGGUUUAGCCUUUGGUAUCUUUUCCCGUGAUUAUGAAAAGACGAAUCGAGCCGCUCGUAAGGUGAAGGCAGGUAUGGUGUGGAUUAAUACAUAUAAUUUGACACUUCCUUCUUUACCAUUUGGAGGAACCAAGCUGUCAGGUUUUGGUAAAGAUCUUGGUAAGACCAGCUUGGACGAGUUUACGUUUGAAAAGACGGUCAUGAUGCACGCAAAGUAAACAGGGCAUAUUCCAUUACAGUGUUUCUAUAUUGUGUCUUGUAAUUUGUUGUAUGAGCCUAAUAGUCAACAGUGCCACCAGGAAAACGAUGAUUCUCUUCUCUGGACACAAGGAGGACUUUGUGCACACUUGAUAGUUGUUUUCAGGCUUUUACCUUGCGGUCAAGA